AUGUCUGAAAAGCAACCCCUCAGCGAGGGCUCCCCGCUGCCCUCCGUUGCCACAACCUCGGUCUGCGCCACCAGUCCCAAUACAUCCAUCAUCAUCCAAGUUAGCGGUCGUAUCAACACCAGGUCCAGCCUGAGCCGCAUCAGCCAGCUUGCAUUUUCCCCAGGCGGCUCGCGCCUCGUGGCCCUCUCCCGGCACCCGAGCACCGUGCCGGUAGCCAACAAUCGGCGCUGGCAGAACCUGCACGUCUUUGACGCCGCCAGCUGGGAGACCGUCGCGCUCAGCAGUUAUUCGCCCUCCAACGAGUACAGGGUGCGCGCCGCAGAAGGUGCGCGCGCGCUCGCAUUUGGACCCGAGACGGUCGAGCAGCAGCCAAUGCCGCGCAGCAGCGGGCUGUUCAGCCGCAAGGGAAAGGACAAGGCGGUGUCGGAGGCGCCGGCCGUGCCACACGUGCCGCUGGUAUUCUUGCACGGUCGGCAGCAUGGUAGUAACAUGGAGAGCAGAGGGGACUAUGAUUUGGACAUUGACAGAGCCCAAGUUGAGAUUGGUGGUGCGAAAAAGGGUGCGCACACACGGAAUGUGCCCAUCACGGAGCCCAUCGCCGUCAGUCCAGACGGAACCGCCAUGAUUGGGCGCAGCGCCGAGGACCCGACGGAGAUCUAUAUCAUCACGCUGCCUCCAAUGGCGCCGCACCCGCACGCGCUCGGGCUCAAGAUUCCUGCGUGCGUCCCGGGUCAUCUGGCCAAGAUUACGCACUUGGACUACAUGCCCGACGGCAAGAGCAUCGUGAGCCUCGGCACCGACGGCACGCAUCGCACCAACAACAUUUCUGGCAGUAGUCCCGGGCAGUGUCUACACCGCGUCCGCAUCGACACCAAGGGCUAUCCGGCAAGCCUCAUGGCCAUCAGCCCCGACGGCGCCAUGGUGGUCUCGGUCUGGGGCCGCCAAAUCGUGCGGUGGUAUCCAGCGACCGACGUCCUGCUGACUUAUGACCUCGACGAGGUGCGGGUGGUGGAAACCUGGCCGCUUGCAUUCUUUGCCAACGGUAGCUUUCUUGUCUGUCGCAUCGAGAGCGGCAUCGACAUUGUCAGAGUGGAGGACGGGGCGAGCGUGGGCCACUUGCAGUGGACGCAGAAUGGCGGAAACUACGCCACGGCAGCCGCCGUGUCGACGGAUGGGCGGCAGAUGGCAUUGGGACUGAUGACUGGCCGCAUCAUGAUGCACGAGCUGCGCUACGUGGAGACGUCGACGUUGUUGGUCCAGGACAAGCCGGAGGAGGAGCUGCCUGCGUACUCAAAGUACGAUGACUGA